AAUUCAAAUCCAAUACAGACGAAGAGAUACAGUCGUAACCCUGUUGACUUAUUUUCAAAUUUUCCACUCACAUACCUUAAUCAACAAAUCUUUAAUCCAUCCAUAGCCUUCUUUUUCUCUCAUUCCUUUUUCCAAUUUUGCAGUCAUUUCCCUUGUCCGGCUGAUUAAAGCUGAAACCUUUCAGUUUCAAUUUGAGGUUUUUCUCAAAAAGAGGCGUCUAUCAAAAUCUUGCAAUUAAACUGACAGAUCUUUUCCAAAAAAGUUAAGCAUUUCAUGGAUGGUGAGGAUUGGGUUCAGAAUCAGUCUCCAAACCACAGAUCUGAAUCAAAGAGCUUUUGGUUUUGAUUUGAUUGGAACAGAAAAGGGGUAGCGUUGAAAUUCAAGAAACAUCCGAAACUUCUCAAAAGAGUGUUAAAAUGGGCGAUCUUGAACCAGUUUUUCGAGCCGAAGCAAUUCCAGAUUCCAGAGAGCUUGAUCUGAAUGUUCGUGUUGGCUCCACCAGUUAUGUGGUUACUGGCGAUGAUCCAGCACGUGUUGAUGAAUCAAACAACCUUCCUGCGUCUGAGAAGGAAGAUGUCCUAACUAAGGCUAGAGGGUUUGAUUUGGACCUAAAUGCUGCAGAUGUUUCGAGUUCUAUCAAUGAGUCCAUCUAUCCUUGUAAAAUGAACAAGCAUUUGAGGUCGAGGGAGGACUCGGACUGUGUCAGUUCAGUAGGCCCAUUGGAUACAAAGGAUCCAAUGAGAGUCUGGAAGGGCUUGAAGCAAAAUAAUUACUUGUCUGCACCUUAUGGGGCUCCACCGGGUACCCUGUCAAAGACGCGUGGAAGGAAGAAAUCUAGCAACGAUGUAAUGAAGAAGAAAAUUGAACGUGCAAUGAAAGAACAGGUUGAUAGAUUUGCUAGAGUUGCUGCACCAAGUGGUUUGCUUAAUGGGCUUAAUCCUGGGAUCAUUAACCAUGUGAGAAACAGUAAACAGGUUCACUCUAUUAUAGAGGCAUUAGUGAGAUCAGAAAAGGACGAAAGUCUAAUUUCAGGAAGCAAGAGACAUAAUCAGAUCAAGACUGGUGCACAUGAACUCUCUGAUAGAAGAGAAGCUAUAGAUGUGCGUGGUUUUGGAAAACAGAUCGCUGGGCUUGAUCAUGGGGAUGCUUUACUAGGAAGAAGGCAGAUGAGUGAUUAUGCAUUCUUCUCGAAAUCUUUAUAUCCAAAUACGGGGAUCACAAGAGGCGACGGUGAAUCACAUAUGGGGUACGCAAGAACAUCAUCCGUAGCAAUUGGCAUGGAGAAUGCCAGUUGCUUGUCAAGUGAUGAAUCUGCAAACAUUAGCAGUGUUACUUCGCUUUCUCUAAAAGCUGCCAAUAUAGCUUCACAAUGGUUGGAACUUCUACAUCAAGAUAUAAGAGGGCGUCUUGCAGCAUUAAGACGAAGUAAAAAAAGAGUUCGUGCAGUUAUUACCACGGAAUUACCCCUCCUAAUAUCCAGAGAGUUUUUGUCUGACCAAGAAAAUGAUUUACAAAUGAUUAAUUCUACUGCUGAUGCUCACUCUGAUAGAUGGAGCACUCUCUUUGGGCAAAUGGAUAAAGCACUUUCCGAAGAAGAGCGCCAUCUGGAGAAUUGGCUGAACCAAGUGAAGGAAAUGCAGUCACAUUGUGAAAUUGGUCUCAGCGCAAAUGGUUCGCAUCACCCUUCGGAGCAGGCACUUCCUCACAGCAGAUCGGGAGCAGCGGAAGAUUCGGAGAAGGAUUUAGCUGUAAGGGCUGCUGCUGCUUCGAUAUAUUCGACUUGCAACUUCGUGUUGUCAAGAGAAAACUUGCCUUGUUGCUAGUUACUCAUGAGCUUGCUAACUGACAUUGAUAUAUUCUUGACUGGACUUGGAUAAAUAUGUUAUAUGCAGUCCUGUUGAAUUUCUUUUA